AUGUUCAGCGCCCACCACAACUACCACUACCGACACAAGAUGCCGCCCGGCGGUGUCAAGCGUGUCAAGAUGUCGUCCCGCCCCUCACGCGAGCCAACACUGAAGGGGGAUGACCAGGUCCUCGACUCUACCAUGUUCCCGGACCUCAUGGACCUCAUCUGCACCUCUGUGACGGACUACGGCACCCUCAUGGCACUGCGUAGCGUAGACCGGCGGAGGCGCACCUUGGCUGAACCGCUACUGGGGCGGCAUCUCUACAUGUGUCAACCAACCUUCGAAGAUCCAGCAAGUGCGAAAGUGGAAAAGGACCUGCGAGAGAUGGUGCACAUCAGCGCGCAUGACGGCCGGAUCCCUGUCUUUGCUGAGUGGCAGGAAAUUGAACUGGGCUUUGGUGCAUACGACCGCGAGCCUGAGGCAGAUCAAGUGGACGUCACCAUUCUCAACAAGCCAUGGAUUCAACCAAAGGCUAUCAAACAUACGACCAAAUUGUCGCACCCGAUGCUGGACGAUGUGGUGUGGUAUACGCGCCUGAUUUGUUGCCUCCAUGCGACACGCGUCAUCGACCUGGUCGGCAUAGUCCUUGAAUGGCGCUUUGAUGAGGUGUUGAGCUACCUCAAGCACCCCAUCACCCUGCGCUUCGUCCCGGACCACAACGGCAAGGACCCAUGGGCCAUUCGCUCGAUGGGUGACAUGGACUUUGACGCGGACGCCGAAGUGAUCAAGGAAGCACGCUUGACAGAGCUGUACGCCAACUACGUGCAAUCAGUGGUCACGUUCCAGCACCUCAAUGGUCCCCGGAGGCUGCUCCAUGACGACAGGGAUGAGCCCCUCUGGCCCAUCAUGGACGGUGAGGGCAGCUCACCUCGCCGCAUGGCUGCCAUAUCAGCCCACCGGAUGGUGCACACUUACUUCUUCCAAUCCCGAGGCGACAUGGACGAGCCAGAGUCGGCCAACAUGACGAAAGAGUACAUUGCCGAGCGCGUGUUCAUGUUCAUCCGCCAAGGCCCCGUGCACCGCUUCCGACUGCGCGAGGUGACCAGUGCCAUUGCAGAAGCCGAUCCCCUACGCCAAGGCCUGCCCCACCUCGCGGGUCUCCUGUCCGGCCUCUUUGCCGAUAUUGCCGCAUACCUCCCCCUUGCCAAGGUCACGCUCGUGAACGUCUUCUCGCUCAACCCCGAAGUCUUCUUCAUGCACUCCGAGGCAAGCGAGGAGGAGGUUACCGCGGAAGUGUUGCGUGCGAUCAAGGAAGCCAUCCAGAUGAAGACCGAGGACGAGGACGAGGACUUCCUCCAAUCGCUGCCCGACGGGUCCACGAUGGAUGAGCGUGUGGAGAUGGUUAUGAAGAACCUCCAGGUCAUCUCGCUCGACGAGUAUCGCGCCAGUGUCCCGCCAGAGCAGUUUAAACUCGAGACCGAGGAGUGA